CGUGCAUCAAUAAAUUUACUUCAAGCUUAAACGCCAGUUAAACUACAAGGAAAUAAUAGUGUCACUGCAUCUUCUCAAGAAAUGGGUUUACUAUCAUUAUUGCGCAAACUGCGUCCCAGCCCCGACAAAGAAGCUAGAAUACUGUUACUUGGCCUAGAUAAUGCUGGCAAGACGACAAUUUUAAAGCAAUUGGCAUCUGAAGAUAUUGCAACGGUCACACCAACCGCCGGUUUCAACAUAAAAUCCGUAGCGGCCGAUGGUUUCAAGCUCAAUGUCUGGGACAUUGGUGGCCAAUGGAAAAUACGGCCUUACUGGAAAAACUACUUUGCGAACACGGACGUAUUGAUUUAUGUAAUUGAUUGUACAGAUCGCGAACGUUUAUCCGAAACUAACCGUGAGCUUUUCGAAUUGCUUAUGGACAAUCGCUUAAAGCAGGUGCCAUUGUUGGUGUUCGCCAACAAACAGGAUUUACCGAAUGCCAUGACCGUCUCUGAGUUAGCCGAAGCGGCGCAGUUGGUGCGUUUAGAGGAGCGCACCUGGCAGAUAGUCGGCUGCUCAGCCGUCGAUGGCACGGGCAUCAAAGAGGGCAUGGAUUGGGUGUGCAAGAACAUGAAGAAAUGAAAAAGUUUAUGCAGUUCGCAAUUGUAAUUGCUAUCGAAUCGCUUUAAAGCUACAACCACAACAACAACAGCAUGUUAAAGCAAACAACGGCAAUCGCAUUACAGUUGUUGUAGUUCCUCUACGCAUGUAAUUAGAAAGUAUUAUUACUAAUUAGUUGAUAAUUUUAUUAUUAGUUAGGUUCCCUCUAUUUGAUUUAUAAACACUCAACUCUUAACCGUUUAUGUGAGUCAUAAGCAAAUAAAUAUAUAAUACAACAAAUGUUAAACUCAAGUACCA